AAUAAAGGUGUCAUUUUUGCCCUAAACCGCUGAUUUAUGCUUAAAAUUUUCAAAAAAAAUAUCGAAAAUGCCCCAAGUAAAAAAUGAAGAGAAAACUAAAAACUUCCGGAGCAGAUAGCCAGAAUACAAAUUAGUAGAAACAAAAAAAAAAAAAAAAAAAAAAAAAAAAAAAAAAACAAACCGUACUGUACUUAAUAUUCUCCAUUGUUUGUCAUCUAAAUUGGAUCACUAAAAAUUUGAUCUCCGAGAGUGGUGAAUGGAAGAUGGAGUAUAUAGACAAUUUGCCGGCGAUGGAUCUGAUGAGGUCAGAGAAGAUGACGUGUGUUCAGUUGAUUAUUCCGGUGGAAUCUGCUCAUCGUGCAAUCUCUUACCUCGGUGAACUAGGCCUCCUUCAAUUCCGUGAGCUUAAUGCUGAUAAGAGCCCUUUUCAGAGAACAUUUGUGAAUCAGGUAAAGCGAUGUGCAGAGAUGUCAAGAAAAUUGAGGUUUUUCAAAGAUCAAAUCAGCAAAGCUGGCUUGUUAAUUUCUGGUCAUCCUGGGAUGCAACCUGAUCUUGAGUUAGAGGAGUUAGAGAUACGACUUGCUGAGCAUGAACAUGAGCUGAUUGAAAUGAAUUCGAACAGCGAGAAGUUGCAGCAGACGUAUAAUGAGCUUCUGGAAUUUAAGAUGGUCUUGCAGAAGGCCGGAUCCUUCCUUGUACCAGGAAAGAGUCCUGCUGUUGCAGAAGAAGUGGAAUUAGAUGAGAAUAUUCAUUCAAGUGAUGAUUAUGCUGAUACAGCAUCUUUAUUGGAACAGGAGAUGCGUGGAACACCAGUACAAUCUGGUGUCCGGUGUAUGUGUGGAAUCAUAUGUAAAUCUAAGGCUCUUAAAUUUGAGAGGAUGUUGUUUCGUGCCACAAGAGGCAACUUGCUUUUUAAUCAGGCCCCAACUGAUGUUUAUAUUUCAGAUCCUACAUCAUCCGAAAUGGUUGAGAAAACAGUUUUUGUUGUAUUCUUCUCUGGAGAGCAAGCGAGAAUGAAAAUUUUGAAAAUUUGUGAAGCAUUUGCUGCUAAUUGCUAUCCUGUUCCAGAAGAAAUUAACAAACAAAGGCAAAUUAUUAAAGAAGUUUCCUCACGGUUGGCUGAAUUGGAAGCCACACUUGAUGCUGGGAUGCGUCACCGCAACAAAGCCCUUGCUGAUGUUGCCUUUCACCUAACAAGAUGGAUGAAUUUGGUAAGAAGGGAGAAAGCUGUAUAUGAUACCCUGAACAUGCUGAAUUUUGACGUGACAAAAAAAUGCCUUGUUGGAGAAGGUUGGUGUCCAAUAUCUGAAAAAAGUCAGAUUCAGGAGGCUCUUCAGCGUGCAACAUUUCACAGUAAUUCUCAGGUAGGUGUAAUAUUUCAUGCUAUGGAUUCAGUGGAAUCUCCUCCAACGUACUUCAAAACCAACCAUUUCACAAAUUCAUUUCAAGAAAUCGUUGAUGCGUAUGGUGUUGCUGGAUAUCAAGAAGCCAAUCCUGCAGUUUAUACUGUUGUCACUUUUCCAUUCUUGUUUGCGGUUAUGUUCGGGGACUGGGGUCAUGGAAUCUGCCUGCUGAUGUUAGCAUUAUUCCUCAUAGCCCGAGAAGGCAAGCUUAGUUUGCAGAAACUUGGCAGCUUUAUGGAGAUGCUGUUUGGUGGGCGCUAUGUGAUCCUUCUUAUGGCUCUUUUUUCAAUUUACUGUGGGCUGAUCUACAACGAGUUCUUUUCUGUCCCAUUCCAUAUAUUUGGUCAAUCUGCGUACAAAUGCAGAGAUGCAACAUGCAGUGAUUCUUCUACUGCUGGUUUAGUCAAAUUUCGGGACCCCUACCCUUUUGGUGUAGAUCCCAGUUGGCGUGGAAGCCGUUCAGAGCUACCAUUUCUUAAUUCAUUAAAGAUGAAGAUGUCUAUAUUGUUGGGUGUGGUGCAAAUGAACUUGGGGAUCUUAUUAAGUUACUUUAAUGCAAGGUUCUUUAGCAACUCAGUGGAUAUAAGGUAUCAGUUUUUGCCUCAGAUAAUAUUUCUCAAUAGCCUUUUUGGCUAUCUUUCGCUCCUAAUUAUUAUCAAGUGGUGCACUGGAUCUCGAGCCGACCUCUACCAUGUUAUGAUAUAUAUGUUUCUGAGUCCUUUUGAGGACCUUGGAGAAAAUGAGUUAUUCUGGGGGCAGAGACCAUUACAGAUUUUACUUUUGCUACUGGCCAUGGUUGCAGUUCCUUGGAUGCUUUUCCCAAAGCCAUUUAUUUUGAAGAAGCUUCAUUCUGAGAGAUUCCAAGGGCGUAUGUAUGGAAUACUUCACUCCACUGAAAUGGAUCUUGAUGUGGAGCCUGACUCUGCACGACAACUCCAUCAUGAGGAUUUCAAUUUUAGUGAGAUAUUUGUGCAUCAAUUAAUACACUCCAUAGAGUUUGUCUUGGGUGCUGUUUCGAACACAGCAUCAUAUCUACGUCUUUGGGCUUUGAGCUUGGCUCACUCAGAAUUAUCAACCGUGUUCUAUGAGAAGGUCCUGCUCCUUGCCUGGGGUUGUUAUAUCUUCAGGUACGAGAAUCUUGUUAUCCGGUUGGUGGGGCUAGCUGUUUUUGCCUUUGCAACUGCUUUCAUAUUGCUUAUGAUGGAGAGUCUUAGUGCAUUUUUGCAUGCUUUGAGGCUUCAUUGGGUGGAAUUUCAAAACAAGUUUUACCAUGGCGAUGGUUAUAAAUUUAAACCUUUUUCCUUCGCCAUACUAACAGAUGAGGAUGAUUAGUCAACUUUUUGUAAAGUUUGAUUCUUGUAGAGAUUAGUAAUUUAGUAUAGUGAGAAAACCAGCUGAUGCUCCCAAGUCCCUACAUAAGCUUGAGUGGGCCAUUCGAAAACAAGUUUCUCUGGCUGACGUGGAAGUCCUUUCAGGUGACAUUUUCUGCAUAUUUACAAAAAGUGGACCUCACAAUAUACAUUCUUCUAUUUGAUCAUAACAGUGUUUCUUACAGUUGUGUCAAACCCAGGAAAUGAGAUCAUCUUCUGUUAACACCCGAAAAAAAAAAAAAAAAGAGAUAUUGAGCUAAUAGGGAUUUUUGUAAAGAUAGAUAUCUUAUAACCAUGUAGCUUUAAGAAUAGAUUUACUUCUUGUUUUGGAUCGUGAACAUUUUAUUCAGAGCUAUAAACUGGAGAGCUGUUUACAAGCCUCUAAAUUAUCAUAUAAAUUUAUUUUUUUGUAUCA